AUGGAAAAGAAAACUUCUAUGAAAUCUACACAAUGGAUAUUGCAACCAUGCGGUCUUCUUUUUCUUAUCCUAAUUCAGUUUUUGGUACAAUUCUUAACAUCUAUCUACCUUUAUACAUAUGUGGUCCAUGUAGAAACAGAUGUUCUUAUAAUGCAAAACCAAGGCUUUUUAGAAACUGAAAAGUUAGUACGGAAAAGACGAAGUAGUGCACUGCCUGUAACGGAAGAUAAUAAAGUUUCAGAUACAUCCAGAGUUUGGCAAGAAAAAGAUACCUUAAAAGAGUCUAAAAAGGUAACUUCAUCUCCCACUGCAAAAUCAGGUUUGGUUUCUCCAAUUACUCCUAUGGGACAUGAUUGGGUAUGGUUAAAUGCAGAUACUCGUGUACAGCUUGAUGCAAUUGAAAACUUUUGUCGGUCUUCAAUGAAGUAUUGUCCACCAGGAUUACCAGGAGCACCAGGAAGCCCAGGAGCUCCUGGAGGACCAGGUCUUCCUGGGUUACAAGGAAUGACUGGUCCAAAAGGACCACCUGGUUUGACUGGUCCUCCUGGUCCUCGUGGGCCAAAAGGUGAUAUAGGGCCUUCUGGUUUUGAUGGAAGAGAUGGAGUGCCAGGAGAACCUGGUCUUGAUGGAAUUCCUGGGCGUAGUGGUUUAGAUGGGUCACCAGGAAUAAAUGGUAAACCAGGAUUAAAUGGGUCUCCUGGUCGACCUGGACGGAAUGGCACAGAUGGAAGACCAGGUCAAAUGGGACCUCAAGGACCACCUGGACCUCGCGGAGAAGUGGGUCCUCCUGGUAGAUCAGGCUUACCAGGACAAGAUGGCAGACCAGGGAUAACAGCCUGGAAGGUGAACAUGAAUGAUUAUAAUAUAAACGAUUUACUAAUUCCUCCUUCCAUUUUAGAUGAUCGAAUGUUACCUGCUACAUUAAAUUCUACUGGCUUAAUUUCUGUUUAUGAAGGAACUAAUGUAAGAUUGAGAUGUGCAGCAAGUGGAAAACCUCAACCUACUGUUCAGUGGUUUAGAAGUGAUGGAGCUGUUAUACCUGUAGGGUCUUGGCAUGUGACUUCUGUAAUUGGAUACACAUUUAACAUCAGCAUAGUGAAUAGAGAAUAUAUGGGAGAAUAUACUUGUGUUGCUGAUAAUGGAGUUCCUCCUCAAGCAUUUAAACGAUUCAAACUUCAAGUUAAAUUUCCUCCUUUCAUUCGAAUACGCAAUCAAAUGAUUCGCGUGCGCAGUCAGAGCACUGCAGUUUUAGAAUGUGAGGUUGAAGCAUUUCCAGAACCAAUUGUUUAUUGGGAACGUGAAGACGGUCGUCGCCUCAAAAUGUCUGACAAAUAUAGACUAGAAGUUUAUGAUAGAAGAGAUGUAUAUAAGCUUAAAAUGCGUCUGAAGAUUGCAAAGAUAACAUUAGCGGAUCAUGGUACCUACCACUGCGUUGUUAAAAAUGAUAUUGAUACCACUAAAGGUUCAUUCAUAGUCGACGACGAUGUAAAAAAUGUAGAAAAAUCAAAGAUAGGGAGACAGCAACAUGUUACAUAUGGAAAACCAGCACCACAACAAGUCAAUUUAGAAGAACUUUGUGCACCACAUGAAACUUGUGCAGCUUGUCCUGUUUUAAGAUGUACUUUUACAGAUGUAGCUGAAUAUUUAAAUAUUCAGCCACUCAAAAAUGUGAAUUUUACUGGACUACCACCACGAUUAGCAGAUGGCAUAAUAGAAGCAGUAGGAAAACCUGUUUUGAAGGGUACUAUGGAUGAUCAUUAUGGAAGCUGGAUGCACGACACAUCUAAGUCUGAUGGUUUUCCAGAAAAACUUUGGGUUACUCGAAAAAAUGAAACUUCUUCCAUUUUUGAAUAUAAAUCAAAGGAUCAUUUUAAGAAUUCCAGUUCAUAUCACAUUGCUUUACCAUACCCAUUUCAGGGAAAUGGACAUGUAAUAUAUAAUAGAUCUUUCUUUUACAAUCCUAUAAAUCGAUCUUCAAUUUUUCGUUUUAAUCUCCACUCUGUCUCUGACCAUGUAUGUGAUAAGGAUUUUUCACCAUGUGAAUUACAUCUUCCAGGACUGUUGGUGAAUACAAAAAAUUAUCUAUAUACACCAAACCAUAAUUUCAAUUAUGUUGAUUUCAAUGUUGAUGAAAAUGGAUUGUGGAUAAUAUAUGGAUUACCAUCAAAUAAUACGAUCGUGAUAAAAAUGGAUGCAAUUAAUAUGAAUAUUCAACAUGCAUGGAACAUUAGUAUUGACAAUCAUAAAUUUGGAGAAAUGUUUAUUGCUGGAGGAGUACUUUAUGCUGUCCAUAGUGUUACAGAAGAAACAAUGAAAAUAAGAUUGGCUUUUGAUCUCUAUAAAAAUAUUACAAUACCUGUUCAUUUAUCAUUUACAAACCCCUAUCAUAAAACUACAAUAGUCAGCUAUAAUCAUAAAACAAAAGAGCUUUACACUUGGAAUAAAGGAAAUCAAUUAGCUUAUCCUAUUAAAUACCAAGGAUCGGCAAAUGUCACAGCAAAAGAAGAAUUUAGGGGCACAGAAACUGGACUUUAAAAUCAGC